GAACAGUAAAAUACCAGAUUGCUGCUCAAAGAUCAUUUGACAGACUUCAGCUUCUUGGAUUGACCUCCUUAUGAGCUCAGAGCCACUGAUAAAUCAGUCCAAUCUGCUUCCAACAUGAGUGGACAGGGCUGUCAACUCCUGGUGUCCCCAUCAUUGAGCAUGAUCAGAGGACACCAGUCCCAGUCCAUCAGGAUGCCCAUGACUUCCCCCCAGCGGGCCAGUUUCAGUCCCUCCUCAGGUAUAGAGAAAAUGAAAAAAAGUGCGAUCCACUCCUUUACAUCUGGAAAACAAGGUGGAAGCCAUGUUGUUCUGCCUGCCCUGAGCCUCCACAGACACGUAUUGACCAAUGGGAAACAUCCGAACGAGCAGACUGUGUCCCCACAACAAGGACAUGCUCAUCAUCCUCCAACCACUACAGUGACCUCCCCCAUACAGACAGGACCCUGCUCCUUUAAAAACAGCUUCAAAGGUUGCUGGAUGUCUCGGCCAUCUAUGGAAGUUUUUGGUCAGCCAGCAGCUGCUAACCUGACAGUGACCAGCAGUCCCUUGUCUGUUGCCCCAUUGCAGCGGUAUACUGCAGAUCUUCCAUCACAUCCACAUGGUGCGCAGAUUCCCAUCACUGAAGCCAGAUCCUUACUGUCCAGAGAAUCUCUGGCAUCCACCACCCUCAGUCUGUUCGAGACACAGUCAGUGUUCAGUGGUAGACAUGACUGGCCGUAUGGCUACCGUGUGCUCCCUCCAGUAAGUCUACCACCGGCCAGCGAGAGAGGUGAGCAAAUCAGCCUCUCCCCUGGCACAGCCAUGUCUGGCACCACUGUAUCGGGUGGCACAAGCACCUCGGCCUCCCUGCCCUCGUACCUCUUUUCAUGUGACGCUGGAAGCCCCAGACAGCCUCGUGCAAAGAAGAGAGCUCUCUCUAUAUCCCCAUUGUCGGACGUAAUGGGUACUGAUUUCACCUCCAUCAUACGCACCUCACCCACCUCCCUCGUUGCUUAUAUCAAUGGUUCCCGCAUCUCUCCCGCCUCCCACCCCACUCUUUCACCUGUCCAGUCUGAAGGUUAUGGUCACUUCCUGGGUGUUAGAGGCAGCUGCAUCCCCCAGACUCAUCCCUACAGCAUGCCCGUUUCCUCACAGGCUCUGGCCCCACACAGAGAUGGUGGUUGUAUGCAGAUGCUUGAAGAGGGAGGGGGUCUGGAGAGCCAGAUGGCUAACAUGGUGGUGGAGCAGCAGUGCCUCCCAGAGGAAGGAGGGGCAGUGGUGAAGGCUUCAGAAAGCUGCAGCCAAACCACCAGCAACCUGCUGCCAUCUCUCGAACUACAACCAGCCAUGUUGACAACUAUCCAAGAAGCCGCAACUCCACAAGGGCCUCCACCUCCCUACCACUCGCACCACCAGCACAUCCACCUCACCAGACGCCACUGCAAAUUAAAGCUACCUUCUCAGGACCCUCUCACGCACGCUCUCGUGGUUCCUCCCAGGCAUGGCGUCAGCUUUUUACCCCAGGUGCCUAUGCUAGAGGAAGAAGAAGGAGAGCUCGAGGACUAUGGGGCGCUCUGCUGCAGGUGGUUGAACUGCAAUAAAGUCUAUGAGCAAAAGGAGGAGCUGGUGAGGCACAUAGAGAAACUACAUGUGGACCAGAGGAAGGCUGAAGACUUCACGUGCUACUGGGUGGGCUGUCCACGCAACCUCAAGCCGUUCAACGCCCGAUACAAGCUUCUUAUCCACAUGAGGGUCCAUUCAGGAGAGAAACCUAACAAGUGCACGUUCGAGGGCUGCAAAAAGGCUUUCUCCCGGCUAGAAAAUUUGAAGAUCCAUCUGCGCAGCCACACGGGGGAAAAACCCUACGUGUGUCAGCACCCAGGAUGUCACAAGGCCUUCAGCAACUCAAGUGACAGAGCCAAACACCAGCGAACACACUUGGAAACAAAGCCAUAUACAUGUCAGGUGCCUGGCUGUGCAAAGCGGUAUACUGAUCCCAGCUCCCUGAGGAAGCACGUCAAAUCCCACUCAACUAAAGAACGACAGCUACGGAAGAAGAUAAAAUCGACAGCUGAUGUGACUCAGGACACGCUGACAGACUGUUUAACCAUCCACCCGCUACAACCAAGCCUUUCUCCUCUGGCAAGGAUCGACAACAACUUGAACUCUUCCCCUGGUGCAUCCCACGAGUCUUUCUCUGCUACUCCACAGGAUCAAGACUCCUCCAACAAUCCUCACCUGGCUCUGCUGUGCUCCCUACAAGAUAAUUACAGGUGUGUUGAUCCUUCCCCUCACCAGCUAUUCUCCAGGGACCAGUGUGGGCCUUGCUCUUCCACCUGCCACCCCCAUCCUCCCAAUGGGACAUCCCUGCAGAACAACUGCAAUCUAAAGCACCCCAGGCAGCCUGCUGGUCUAACAGAUCACAACCCAGAGCUCUCCAUGAGAAUAAGUUUGCUAUAUUCUACUCCACAAUAUGGUGGGAUCACAGCACAGGCAAGCUCAACUCACCUAAUACAAGACGAUGCCUUUGGUAGCAGCCUCGCUCCAGCAGUCAAUAAUCCCAAUGGGGUGGCUGCUUUACCCUCAGCUCUUUCCUGUCAUACAGGAUUUGAUGUCCACUGCCAAGUACAGGGUGUAACUCCUGAUGAAGAGGUUCAUGCGGGGGAUUUCUUCAGUGUGGUGGACCACAGCAAAAGCCAGCUCUCCUGCAUCUAUACGGAGUGAUAAUCAUCAACUGCUGUUCCUUUGCACUGUUUGAAGUUUUAUGAAAAAUGAUCAAAUGAUUAAUAGGAGUUAUAUUUUAGAUUAUACUGCAGCAUAUAGGCAGUUGUAUUAAACCAUCUAAAAAGGAUGAUACAUUUCAAGCUAAAGCCUUUUUUUCCACCAAAAGUGCCAAGAACAUCUAGCCCUUGUGUCAUAGUAAACGACAAUCAACGCCACAUCUCGGACGCCUCACGACCUCCCGUCAGAAAGUGUUGCAUGUUUGAUUUUUUUUCCCUGCCUUCUACGAUGUUUUCCAAUGUCCACACCAAAAAAGAAUGAUGAAGUUGGUGCUUCGAGAUGGAACUAUGAGAAGUUUGUCGAGCUCUGGCAACAACAUUUCUGUCCGUUUUUGUUUACAGUUGGUCGUGCUGAUGGGUCGCUUACCACCGUGUGGCCUGUGAUUUUUGUCGGUCAAGUCAUGGCGCUGUGAUCACCUAAUCUGGCACAGUGACCAUGGUAACAGACAAUAAGGUUGUGUAGUCUGAAAACGUAAAGAUUAGGCAAAUUUGUUUGCUGAAGUAAGAAGAAAAGGAAAUUGAAGUUGGUCCUUAAGAAUUUAAAAGACACAAAAGUAAGACUGCUUAUAAGAUACAAAAAGCUUUAGGGUAUGACCGACACUGAAUGAACACAGUAUUGGAUACGCCAAUAUUUAAGACUAAUUCAUGGGAAAGAGAAUGUCAACAGAUGAAUCAGUUAAAUAUGAGGUCUGAGUAGUCUGAUUUAAGGAGGCUCUACUGUUUCCUUUGCCAUGGAUUCAGGACCAACAGUAGAGUCUUGAGAUUAUUUCUUUAGCAGAGGAAAUACAACAAUCUUUAAAUUCAAAUAAGUGACCUUGUUUUCAUAAUGGAACUCGCAACAGGGUGCAGGACCCCCAACUCAAAGCAGGGGGAUCCUGUAACUCACAGAAACUUCAUCAGAGAGUUGUAAAUACCUAAGUAUGGUAUGGUGAAAAUUCAAGACAGUUUAAAUACUUGCUACUCUGCCAGUCCUCAGGAUGCUAAGAGUUCUCAACUGAUCAGAAACAUUGAAAAUCCCAUCCCUGAAAUUCUUAUACUUUAAAAGAAAAUAGAGACCUUUUGGGGUCUCUAUUUUCCCCAGCUCUAGGAUUUGCAUUCUGGUCCAUGCAGUGGAAAUGCACUUGUUACCUCAAGAACUUCCUAGUUCAUGGGGAAUGUAGUAGAAACACAGCCUUACAGUAGAUAAUGCAUACCCUGCUUGAAACAGCCAUAACAGAAUCGACUCUUUUGUUCUUCGUCUCAAUUUUUUUCACUCUCUCCUUUCAACUCAAUCUCUUGUGAUCAUGUGCCUCAAUCAUUUUUGUAUAGUAAUGACUUACCUACAGAAUUGCAAUGAUUACUUUCUAUUUUUUUGAUACUGCUUGUGAAUAACAUGUAGUGAAGUACUUCAACUAGUUUGUGGUGGUGUUUUGCACACCACCCAAUACUGCAAUCAAAGUGAGGUAUGCACAGAUCAUUUAAUAAGGGUUUUUCUUAGAACCAGGGCUUUGUAACUAUAGUAACAAGACAGUCUUACCAUUCCAAUGUAAUGUUCAUAGACAUAACCUAUUGUUUGAAUAUGUGCUCUGGGGUCUCCAGUAGCUUAACCAUGCGGUAGAUUUGUGUUGAUAAUCAUACUAGCGAUUUUGCAUGAUUUAGUUGGUUUUCUACAAAUAACUUACACUUCACAUUGCAAUUGACCCUCUGUAAUAGCAUGGCAUGAAAGUGUACAUUUUAAUGCUAGUUUGCCAACAGCCAUUCAUUUCAGUAUAUUUUCAUAUUGUAUGAAGACUUACCUGUGGAGAUGUAACAAUGUGCUUCAAAUGGAUCAAAUACCACAGCUGUUUUUCUUUUGUUUGUUGUGUUGUUGACAGCCUUUAAAUGCAUUGCACAUAUUCCAAUCCAAUUUGCACUUCCAACUACAUAACAAAACUAGAUGUAAAAAAC